AUGGAGAACUUCUCGGCGCUGUUCGGCGGGGCCGAGCCGCCGCCCGCCACCGCAGCCGCAGCCCUGGGCUUCGGGCCCGCCAAAGCGGCGGGAGCAGGGGCCGCGCCGCCUCCCGCCGCCGCCGUUCCGCCGCCGGGCGAGGACGCGGCCCGCAAGGCCGCCUCCGGCCCAUUCUAUCUGCUGCGGGAGCUGCCAGGCAGCACGGAGCUGACGGGCAGCACCAACCUGAUCACGCACUACAACCUGGAGCACGCCUACAACAAGUUCUGCGGCAAGAAGGUGAAGGAGAAGCUCAGUAACUUCCUCCCCGACCUGCCCGGCAUGAUCGACCUGCCCGGCUCCCACGACAACAGCAGCCUACGCUCCCUCAUCGAGAAGCCGCCCAUCUGCGGCAGCUCCUUCACGCCCCUUACCGGCACCAUGCUGACCGGCUUCCGCCUGCACGCUGGCCCGCUGCCGGAGCAGUGCCGCCUGAUGCACAUCCAGCCACCCAAGAAGAAGAACAAGCACAAGCACAAGCAGAGCCGCACGCAGGACCCCGUCCCCCCAGAAACCCCCUCGGACUCAGACCACAAGAAAAAGAAGAAGAAGAAAGAGGAGGAUCCAGAGCGGAAAAGGAAGAAGAAGGAAAAAAAGAAAAAAAAGAACCGACACAGCCCCGAGCACCCAGGGGUGGGCAGCUCGCAGGCCAGCAGCAGCAGCAGCCUGCGGUGAGGCUGCACUAUGCCGCUCAGUGGAGCUCCCAGCCCCAGCUGCCUGCUGUGGACUCAUCCCUCUCACAGAGCACAGCGGGGAAGUGUGGGCAGUCGUGGCCCCCACUUGCAAAGAGCAUGGCCCUGCAACCCCCCUGCCUGCACUGUGUGGCCGAUGUGGACCUGGUGACACAGACAAUGCUGGAAUGGGGGUUCCUACCAUUGGCCUCUUAUACCUAAACAACAUGGUGCAUUGGGAUCUCUCUUUUUUAUUCACCUUUUAAUUAAAGUCUGCUCUGAGGAA